AUGUCUACUAGGAAGUUUGAAUGUGGAUUUGAUUUAAGGAGAAGGAUAGAAAAGCUAAUUCAAUCCAAAAAAGGAGCACUAGAUAAGUAUGUUACUGUCAAAGAAAAAGCCACAGGAUCAGUAGAAGAGACAGUAGCAAGUCCAGUAGAGAAUUCAGUGCCAAUUGUAGAAGAAGAUGUAGUUGAAAAUGUAAAUGUAGCAGAGAGUGUUGAACCAAGUGUGGUAGAAAAUCUAGCAGAGAGUGUUGAACCAAAUGUAGUGGAAAAUCUAGCAGAGAGUGUUGAACCAAGUGUGGAAGAAAAUCUGGCAGAGAGUGUUGAACCAAAUCUAGUAGAAAGGGUGCCACAAUUCAACGAUGUUAACACAAAUAUUUUUGAUCCCAGCCAAUGGAAAAACAUUGAUGCAAACUUAAGAAAUUUAUUAGUAGAAAAAGGUCCUAUUAGGCACAAGGACUUAGAUUUUCCCAAAGAUGAAAAGUCUAGACAUUUUGCUUCAAAACACUAUACUUGCAGAUCAUUGAAUGGUGAAAUUCGUGAAAGAAUAUGGCUAGUCUAUUCAAAAGAUCUAGAUAGAGUAUUCUGUUUUUGUUGCAAGUUAUUUAAUGCAAAGAAUAGUAGAAGUCAGUUAGCUAAUGAAGGAUUUAGAGAUUGGCAAAAUCUUAGUGACAGGCUUAAAGGUCAUGAAAGAAGUAUUCAACAUGUCACUAAUAUGUGUAGUUGGUUUGAGUUAGAAGAGAGACUCUUAAAAAAUAAGACGAUUGAUAGAGCUCUACAACAACAAGUUAACAAAGAAAAAGUUCAUUGGAGAAAAGUAUUGAAAAGAAUUAUUGCUGUUGUUAAAGGUCUUUCUAAAAACAAUUUGGCAUUUCGGGGAACAAAUGAGAAGAUAGGUGAGGACAACAAUGAAAUUUUUCUGAGUUUUAUUGAGACAAUUGGAGAGUUUGAUCCAAUAAUGAAAGAACAUCUUCAGCGUAUAAAAGAUGAUGAAAUUCAUAGUCAUUAUCUUGGACCUAAAAUACAAAAUGAAUUGAUAGAUCUCUUAGCUUCUGAAAUUAAAACUGAAAUCUUAAGAAUAGUAAAAGAGGCAAAGUAUUUUUCUAUCAUUCUUGAUUGUACUCCUGACAUUAGUAAAAGAGAACAAAUGACUUUGAUUUUGAGAUGUGUGAAUAUAUCAAAAACCCCAGCAAAAUUAGAAGAAUAUUUCUUAGAGUUUUUAAGAGUAGAUGACACCACUGGAAAAGGACUUUUUGAUGAACUUAUAAGUGUUAUAGCCAAACUAGAACUUGAUAUUAAUGAUGCUAGAGGGCAGGGGUAUGAUAAUGGUUCUAACAUGAAGGGAAAACAUCAAGGUGUCCAGAAAAGGUUGUUAGAAAUUAAUCCAAGAGCAUUCUACACACCAUGUGGCUCUCAUAAUCUGAACCUUGUGCUUUCUGACAUGGCUAACUCUUGUCCUAAAGCUAAAACUUUUUUUGGAAUUGUACAGAAAAUAUAUGUAUUAUUUUCUUCUUCAACAAAGAGGUGGAAAAUUUUAGAAGAUAAUGUAAGUGAUUUAACUAUCAAAGCAUUGGCUACAACACGGUGGGAAAGUCGGGUAGAAAGUGUCAAGGCUAUUAGAUAUCAAGCUCCACAAAUUAGAGCUGCUUUACAACAAUUAGCAAAUGUAGAUGACUUAGAUGGUGCACUAAAAUGUGAAGUUGAAAUGUCAGCAGACUAUGCUUUUGCAAACUUUGAAUUUUUAUUAGGCAUGAUUAUCUUGUAUGAUAUGCUAUAUGCUGUUGACUUGGUUAGUAAAAAGCUACAAUCUAAAGACAUGGAUAUUGGUGAUGCUAUUAAAUUGUUAGAAGGCUUGUCAUUAGUUGAUACUGAUUUGAAAGUAAAGUGUCUCAAACUUGAAGAGUUUCUUACUCAUGAUAAUGUUUCUGAUAUAGAUGGUUCAGAGCUGCAUUUAGAAUUAAGAUUGUUAACUGAAAUGCUAAACAAAGAUUUAGAUCAAAAAUUGCUUCUGCUGAAAGAAGCUUUUCAAAAUUGA